AUGGACUGGAAGGAUACUCUGGCGCAAAGGAUUUUUCCUGGAGUGGAUUACAGGAAAAUAAACGAGAAUGAGGUGAUGUCAAAUUUGCCCCUGCAAAUGGGGCUCUAUUUCAACGUAAUAUUCGUUCCUGUUUGGCUAAUCGUCAUGUCAGUGCUAUUCUAUGAUAAGGUAACUUUGGAAAUAGCUCCAAAACAUAAAUUUAUAUACAUUAAAAAGAAAAAUCAGUUCCACUGUUACAGCGAUUUUGUUAAAUUUGUCAUGACCACUGUUUGUUUAUUGACUGUCGUCAUAGAGGUAAUGCGUCUGCACUUGGGCUUUGAGGGAAAUCUGCGUGACAAGAUCCCUGAGCUAGCCGGAUUCUGGUUACUUUCCGCGCUGUUGCAGUUACCGCUUCAGUUGUUCCUGUUGCUGAAUCCUCACCUGCAGCUGAGAGCUGUGGAGAAGACGUGA